UGUCUGCAUCGCAGAUGUACCACUAUAGUACAGUUUAUACUAUACUAUAGUCUCAUAGCUGUCUGUUGUUUUCAUCUUUAUUUAUUUGCUCAUUUACAGGAGUUGAAGCUGCCCUUUACGUUCAUGAGCGGUCACAUCCAUGAGCUGCGUAUCCACGUACCCUGGACCAAGCUGGGCUCGGAGCCAGUGGUCAUUACCAUCAACACGAUGGAGUGCAUCCUCAAGCUGAGGGAUGGAGUCCAGCCACGGCAGCGGUGUUUAAACCUUCCCGGACUGCACUUCAUUUUCACUCUGUUUGUGUUUUUUUUAUUAGGUGUGAAGUCUCCGGGCCCGUCACCGACCCUCGAGGGCUCGGUCCAAAACCUGGAGCUGAAGCUCUGCAGCCGUGCGACGGUGAAAUGCGCCUCGGGAACUGUGGGAGCCGUAAAAGUGUGCGCCAGGACCCCAGGUUCGGGAGAGGGUGUUAAGGAGAAGCUGGUUCCUCUGAUUCAGGGCCCAUCCGACACCAAAGAACUCCACAUGAGCCGCUGGCUCAACGAGAUACGCAGACCUGAAUCUCUGCUGGCUCCUGACCUGCUGGCCUUUUCUGUUCAGGUCCCUCAGCAAGGAGACGACUGCAGGAACUCAGGUGCGGUCCUGCUGGUCAGUGUCCAAGGCAUAGCUGUCAACGUGGACCCGGUUUUCUGCACGUGGCUGCUGUACCAACCUCAUAGAGGGAGCGGCAGGCAGCAGCAGCAGCAGACUCCAGGUUCAGUCCCUCUGUCCAAGAGGAGAGAGGACGAGGCGUCGGUAGCGAGCACACCGCUGGCCAAACAGCCGUCCAAUCAGGCGUCGGACUAUGCCAGCAGCCCGGUCAAAACGAAGACGGUGACAGGUAGGUUUACUAACCCCAGGCUGAGCUGUAAGUUCAAUAUUGAAGCUAUUACUAUGACAUUCUCACCUCUCCAGUUAGAGCUGCAGUCGUGCUGCGUGUUCCUGCCCAACGACAGCCUCCCCUCCCCGAGCACCAUCACUUGCGGCGACAUACCCGGCACCGUCCGCAGCUGGUACCACAACCAGGCCUCCAUGCCCGGGACUCUGGUAGUGUGCCUGCCGCAUAUCAGCGUCCUCAGCACCGGGCAUAAGUACAUGGAGCCGCUGCAGGAGCUCCCCUUCGUGGUCUCCAAGCCCAUCCUGGAGGAAGGUGACGCCUUCCCGUGGUCGGUCAGCCUGAGUCAGUUUAGCGUGUACACGUUGCUGGGACAGCAGCAGAGCCUGAGCCUGCUGGAGCCCAUGGGCUGUACCUCCACGCUGGCCGUCACAUCCCACAAGCUGCAGAGCUGCUCUGAGGGGGGACACUCCUUCGUGGUCUGCCUCCACGUCGAUCUGCAGCCCGUCCACGUCAAGUGCUCCAACCCUCAGGUUCAGCUGUUGUACGAGCUCCUGCUCAGCUGGAGUUCCACGUGGGCUCGUCUCCAGAGGCACCGCAUUCUGCGUCAGACCUCCAGCAUCCCAGAACCCCCUGCUGGUGCCGCCCCGUCGUCCCCAGUGCGCAGCAGUGCCGGCACCGCGCUGCCGGACACCAGCACCUGCAGCCCGUCUGCAGAUUUUGGCUCCCCCACCGAGGGAGACUCUGUGCCUGCUGGUGACGACGGCCCAUUCGCCGACACAGUCACUCUGGAGCAGAAAACCAGCAGCAUCGGAGGCACCAGCGGGAAGGUCAGCCUGUGGAUGCAGUGGAUGUUGCCCAAGGUCACAGUCAAACUGUUUGCUCUCGAGCCAGCUGCCAAAAAGACAGAGAUCUGUGUCAUCUGCGAACUAGAAGACCUGAGUGCCUCAGUGGAUGUCCAGGAUGUUUAUACAAAGAUCAAAUGUAAAGUUGGCAGCUUCAACAUCGACCAGCACAGAUGCAGUUCGGAGGAGGGUGUUCGGAGCUCGGGCGGCUGUGGAGGAGUGGUGCUCUCUUGCACUGACAAGCUGAACAGACGCACUGUGUUGGUUCGACCCGUCAGCAAGCAAGAAUCUUUCAGCCACUUCUCUGGCUUUUUCCCUCCUACUGCAGCCAAAGUCCUGGAGGGCUCCCACCAGCAGCACGGCUUCCUGUCCAUCACGUACACCCAGGCCGUCACCAAAAACGUCCGUCACAAACUCACCAGCCGGCCAGAGCGAGGCGGUGCCGCCGCCACCGCCAGCCAGCGGCUGACCACGGAUCCUCUGGCAGACAGCUCACCUCAGUACCUGAGAGAGAUCCUGCUGACAGCUCAGCCCUUCGAUGUGGUGCUGUCCUGUCCCUUACUGGCCACUGUAGCGGGGGUGUUCCAGGCCACGGUACCAAGGCGCUACAGGGAGCGCGGGAAGUCUGCCGGUCAGCCGAUGAGAAGCCACACUCUGACCUCCCGGUGUUUGCCUCUCAUGUACAUCAACACCAGCGUGAUCCGGGUCUUCUGCCCCGGGUCACCGAACAAACACGCGGCAUCAGAGCCCCAGGUGAAAAGAGAGGACACCCUGGUCUUAAAGCUGGGCUCCCUCAGCAUGGCUCCUCAGGCUGAUAACCCCCUGACCCGCACUGUGCUGAGAAAAGACAUCUACCAACGCGCGUUGCACCUCGGCAUCCUGCGAGACCCGGGCUCAGAGGUGGAGGACCGGCAGUAUCAGGUCGACCUGCAGUCCAUCAACAUCGGAACGGCUCAGUGGGAGCAGCUCAAGCCAGAGAAGGAGGGGACCAAAGGAGGGGUGUCCGCGGAGAGUGAGAGGAGCUCGCAGAACCCGGCCCUGGAGUGGAACAUGGCCAGCAGUAUCAGGAGGCACCAGGAGCGGCGGGCCAUCCUGACGCCCAUCCUCACUGACUUUUCUGUCCGGGUCACUGCUGCCCCGGCCAUCAUCUUCAGCAAGAAUCUGUCCCCUGACUGUGGACCGGCAGAGGAGGUGGUGGUGUGUGGCCACUCUCUGGAGGUGAAUGUGACCAGCAGUCUGGAUUUCUACCUCAGCGUUGCCCAGGUGCAGCUCCUGCAGCAGCUCCUCAGAGAGAACCUGGUGGGGAUGGACACUCCUGAGAAGAGCUCUGAGGUGCGUCGAUGCGAGCAGAAGCGGGGCCGCCGCGACCCCGCGGCUUGUGCCGACUCUUCGUCGCGCCACAGCGGGACCGGGCAGGACAGUGGCUUCGGCAGCGACAGCGCCCGCAUCCGCAUCGUCCAGAUAGAGCAGCAGAGCGGGGCCAGCCACCACCGCAUCGCCCGGCCCUCCCGCAAGUCCACCAUCACCAAGAACCUCAGCUUCAUCCCUUUUGAUGUCUUCCUCACAGCCGGCAAGCUGUCCGUUAUGACCUACGCAUGCUCCAGUGCCCCUAAGGCCCUUCCCUCGUCGUUGGACACACCCAGCACACCGGAGCAGAGGGAGCCUGGGGACAAGGUGGGAAAGAGUGCUCUCAACCAGCCUGAGGUCCCGCCCGAGUCUCCUCCCGUCUCAGCCUCCCCCGCUCCAGACCCACCUCCGGCUGCCCAGGAUUCCCUCGCCGGCCUCACCGCCGAGGACAUCCUCAACAGCAACAACUCCCGGCCGGCCUCUCCACUGGCGAAGGGCGGCCUGCUGUCCCUGGGCGGCCUGCCGACUCCCAGCCGCUCCUCGGCCCGCCAAGCGCUGGGCGUGACCAUAGUGAGGCAGCCGGGGAGGAGAGGGGUCGGGGACCAGGUGCUGGAGCCCCUCCUCUACAUCCAGGUGAUGCAACCCUCGGCCCUGCUCAGCUGCCACCACCGCAAGCAGAGGAUGGAGCUUUCUGUGUUCGACGUGGCCUUAAGAGGAGUGGCCUCUGACUAUAAGUGCCUAGACCCAGGAAAGACUCUGCCAGAGUCUCUGGACUACAACGUGUUUUGGCUGCAGACGGUAGCAGGAGAGUCAGACAUUAAAACGGGCAUCCCUCCACCUCUGCUCUGCCUCCAGAUCAAAGAUUUCCUCAAUGGACCGGCUGAGCUGAAUGUGGAACUGUCACGCCCUCUGAAAGUUAACCCCACGCUGGCGAAGCUGGAGCAGGCCAAAGCCUACCUGAAGAAAGUGCUCCCAAACCACACGUGGGACGUCUCCGGUAAACCCAUGUCUGCCCCCUCCACCCCCCACUCCUCCCCCACAAAGACGCCCAGGGCCUUUCCCUCGCGCUCGGAGCCUCACCAUCAGGCCUCUGCCCCGGGUAAAGCCAGCAGCGUCGGGGCCCUGGCGCUGUCCUUCCACAAGGUCUCCCUCCACACCGCCCAGAUUGUAGUCGUCAUGGAGACGGAGGCCCAUCCAAUGAGGCCCAGCGUGACGGUAACGGUGUCGGCCAUGACGGGAAGCCUAAACAUGAAAUCAGGGCCGAGGAUAGAAGAUGCGGUCCAGGCCGCAUCCGUGCAGCUGGAGCUGCGGGAUCUGUCGGCGAGGACGGGGCUGAGGGAGCGAAGCCGCCUCCUUCUGGGGCCGUUCUCCAGCAGCGCCUCCCUGGAGGCCCGCUGGUGUCGGCACAGUGGCAGCCCUGGAUCCGAGCCCGGCCCCCCGAAGCUGCUGCUGGACCUGAAGGGAGGCCUGCUGCAGGUCUUCUGGGGCCAAGAACACCUGAGCUGCGUGAAGAUGGUGGAGGAGCACCUAAGGGUGUACCUCAACCUCCAGAAAGGUGCAGAUAUAGAUCCGGCUGAGAGCCGUUCCAAGGGCAAGGCCUGCCCCAUCCAGCCCCCUCCUUCCCCGGGCUCUCCCUCCCCUCAGACGGAGCACAGCUCAGAUGACCUGCGCACGGGGCAUUUUCAAUUCAUCCAGGACUCAGCUUCCCAGAGGCUGCCGGGGCCCCAUGAGGUGGUGUUCUACAGCGAGACGGAGGACAGCCCUGGGGUGAUGCUGUGGAGGUACCCUGAACCGCGGGUCCUCACCUUCGUCAGGAUAACUCCCGUCCCUUUCAACACCACGGAGGACCCUGAGAUCAGCACUGCCGACCUGGGGGACACCCUGCAGGUACCGUGCAGCCUGGAGUACUGGGACGAGCUCCAGCAGGCCUUCGUUCCCUUCCGGGAGUUCAGCCUCUCGGAGAGCAGCGCCUGCCAGCUGCCGCUGCCCAGCCUCAGCCUCACCGUCCAGCAGAAGGAGCUGGUGGCCUCAGACCUGUGGAGGAUAGUCCUCAACAACAACGGCGAGGGAGGAGAUGAGCAGAGUUCGGAGAGUGAGUCCGGGUCCCAGCUGCCCUGCGAUCAGUUGGUCUCCCCAAUCGCGUUGGCGGCCUGCACCCGCGUGGACUCCUGCUUCGCUCCCUGGUUUGUCCCCUCCCUGGGCAUGUCCCUUCAACUUGCGCAGCUGGACAUUCACCUCUGCCACCAUCUAGAACAGCUGGGCACAGCUCCACCGAGACAGCUUCGUCCCUUCCUGCCAGACAGGAAGUUGCCUCAGGAGCAGGAGUUCAUGGUGAGCAGCGCCCGGGAGCCGCGGGUCUUCCUGCGCCAGUGGAGCAGCGGGCCACGUCAGUGUCAGGAGUUCAGCUUCUCCACCCAGCUGGACUGCAAGCUGCUGGAGUACCGAAACCUGACACACCUCCAGCUCCUCCAGCCUUGUGUACUGCAGGGCCAGGCUGCAGCCACAUGCUGCCCUCAGAACACCACACUGGAUGUGAAUGUGUUUGUGGAUCCGGUGUUCCUCAAUAUCAGCCAGUAUGCCAUACACACCGUGGACACUGCCCUGCACAGCUGGCAACAGGUAACAGAGAGAUACCUUCAUGUACACUUAAUAUUCAAACACACUCCACUUGUCAACAACACCCCGUACACGAUCCAGUGCAGGCCUCUGCUGGCCGCCCAUCCGCUGGGAACAGAUGACCAGGCCUGUGAGAUACCAGAGACAGCACUGUUCAGCCUGGCUCCCUCUGAGGAAUCCUCCCUGGCAAAACCCUGCUCCCUGCCAUGCUGGGACCUCCUCCAAACCAGUGUCCAGGGAACGCCACCGUUCCCUCUGCCGCUCAAACACAUGCUCUUCAGCCUUUUUCCCGUGUACGAUGGAAGAGCGGGAUCUGGAUCUGCGGCGUGGAGCCUCCCCAUUCCCGUCCGACCGGACUUCCCCAGGCAGAGUUUCUCUGUUCCUGGGGAACCGGACUCCGGGGGUGGCCUGAGCAGCAGAGGCAUAGUACUGACAUAUCAGGAGCACUUUGGGGUGACAUACAUCAUCCUGAACAAGGACCCCUGUCCUCGGAUGCUGAUCCACAACAAGUGUCCUAUCCCACUGCUGCUGAAGGAAACUGUCAAAGAAACUCCGAGGACUGAGGUUCACUGCUGUCCUUUGCCUGCCAAUUGCUCCCUGCACCAUGAGCUCUACCACCACUUUUCCAGUUUCCCAGAGUGCAGGCAGAAAGACACGCUGCCCGCACUGCUGCUGAAAACCACCUCGGACCACGGCUCCACUUCCUGGACCGACCCCAUAGACAUCAACUGCCCCGGCACUCAGGUGGUGUUCCUGCCAGGCUUUGGCUGUCUCUACAUAGACGUGGUGUACCAGAGAGGCACCCUGGUUCUGUGUCUGGCACCAGAGAGCAGCGUGGACGCCGUCAUCAACCAGCACAGCAGGUCUUUUAAGCUGUCCACCAGAGUCCUCCUCAGUGAAGCCAGUGUGGUGCUGAGCGAUGACAUCACCAACCCUUCUGGAUCCGUGGAGCUGCUCAGACUCACGUUGACCAAGCUGCUCCUCACGCUGGCCCCGGCGCCGCCCCCAGAGCUGGUGGCCGACCCUGACUUGGGUGCGGCAUCCGUCUCCGCCCUAAUGCCUGACGCCUCUCUGAUCGAGGUCCACUGCUCCAGUCUGCAGGUAGACAACCAGCUGUACAACCGGGCCAGUUUCCACUUCCCCGUGCUUCUGUGCCAGGAUCAGAGAGUGGGAGCUGAGCCAGGCGGUCCGUGGAGCAGCGACGCCAACCCCACGGACUCCCCCGAAGCCCUGGAGGAGUUCAAACGCUCUUGUUUCCUGCAGCUGAGGAUGACGCUGGCCGGGGACAGAUGCACUGCGGAGGAGAUCACCUUUCAGCUUCAACCUGCCAGAGUCUACCUUGAAGACACCUUUGUUUACUACAUUAAGACCCUGUUCCACACCUACAUCCCUGACAGCGCCAUGGCCUCAGCCACAGCGGGGACCCAGAGGAGGAGCAGAGAGUCUGGAUUGGUCCCCAUCCUCCCUGAACAGGUGCUCCAGUCGGUGCAGGCACUGGUCCACCCUGUGCGGCUGCAGAGGCUGACCAUCCAGCCAGUCAACCUGUUGGUCAGCAUCCACGCCUCCCUGAAGCUGUACAUCGCUUCGGACCACACCCCUCUCUCCUUCUCCCUGUUUGAGAGAGGGCCGCUGUGCACCACGGCCAGACAGCUGGUCCACGCUCUAGCCAUGCACUAUGCUGCCGGGGCCCUCUUCAGAGCUGGUUGGGUGGUGGGAUCUUUGGAUAUCCUGGGCAGUCCUGCCAGCCUGGUGCGGAGUAUCGGCAACGGCGUGUCCGACUUCUUCCGGCUGCCAUACGAAGGUCUGACGCGUGGGCCUGGAGCCUUCGUCAGCGGGGUGUCCAGAGGAACCACCUCCUUCGUCAAGCAUAUCUCAAAAGGCACACUGACCUCCAUCACCAACUUAGCGACGAGUCUGGCCAGGAACAUGGACCGCCUGUCUCUGGAUGAAGAGCACUACACCAGGCAGGAGGAGUGGAGACGCCAGCUCCCGGAGAGCCUCGGGGACGGACUGAGGCAGGGGCUGUCACGACUCGGCAUUAGCUUGUUAGGCGCAAUAGCGGGCAUCGUGGACCAACCCAUGCAGAACUUCCAGAGGAACUGGGAGCUGCAGAGCUCCGCUGGGAGCAAGGCCAAAGGGGUCAUCUCUGGAGUGGGGAAAGGCAUUGUGGGGGUUUUCACCAAGCCCAUCGGAGGAGCAGCUGAACUGGUGUCCCAGACCGGAUACGGGAUCCUUCAUGGAGCCGGCCUGUGGCAGCUCCCUAAACACCUGUACCUGCCUACAGAGGAGAAGUCUUCUCAGGCCCCAAACAGCCACCUUAAAUAUGUCUGGAAGAUGCUCCAGUCUCUGGGGCGGCCGGAGCUCCACAUGGCCCUGGAGGUGACCAUCGUGAGCGGGUCGGGCCAGGAGCACGCCGGCUGUCUUCUCCUCACCUCCGAGGUGCUGUUCGUGGUCAGCCUCAGCGAGGACACCCAGCAGCAGGCCUUCCCCAUCACAGAGGUGGAGUGUCAGCAGCAGCCGGGGCAGCAGGGCCAGCUCACCCUCACCUUGCAGCAGCAGACAGUAGCCAGCGACACAGAGGGUGACGGCGUUCGGGAGCGUCUGUCAGAGCAGCAGUACCGGCGGCUGGUGGACUACGUGACGCGGGCCUCUCAGUUCCUUUCCCCCUCCGCCGCCUCGCUCCAGCAGCAGCUCCCGGUGACGCUCGCGGAGCCACCGCCCUCCGUGACCAAGUCUUACCGCUACCUGGUGUGUCCCGCCUUCGCCAAGGUGUUUGUCAGCAAGUUCACCAUGGUAAAGAAUAAAGCUUUACGCAUCGGAUUCCACUAAUACACAGGAACACAUAUGUGGAUUUGCUACAAAAAAAAAAUCUGAUUCAAAAUAAGCCUUAAAAAUACACUCUACUCUGAAAGAAUAACUACACAUUUAUGCAAAAGAUAUGUUGAGGUAAAAUAAGAAUUAAUUUUUUAUUAAAGUAAGUCCACCUGGUCAUUCAUGCCUUAGGGAUGUAGAGAAAAGUCUUGCAUUUGAAAGAUAUAUUUUUACAGAUACAAACAAGCUCAUCACAUGAAUGAGAAUCAGUCUGAAUCUUAGAAACACAUGUAAGUUAAGACAUUUCACCGAGCACAUACUAUAGUAAACACUAAAACCAACAAAGAGUUGUGUCAACUUAAACCUCCUCGGAUCAACAGCGUUUCCUCCCAACUUUAAAUGGGGGCUCUUUCAGUCCGUGUGAAACCUCAGUGUUGCAGUACACAACUAAUCUGUUCCAUUUCCAUCAAACCGCUGCGCAAUGUUUCACUCUGCAGAACAAGCUCUCCGUUUACAUUCUCCAUGUAGUGACUGUGUCUCGUGCCAAUGUUAAGUGCAAUAUUACAUACAUGUUGAUGGACGCUAGAGAAACCAGCUGUCAACCAAAAUGUUGUUUUAUAGAUGAUGUAACAUACUUCUUGACAAUAAAACUGUUCCUUGUAACCUUGCGUGGAUGCCAACCCCUCAUGAUGCAAACAUAUUGUUGCCUUUUAUAUUGUUGCACCACUGAGCUCUGUCUGAUGCCUUUAAUGUAUGUAUAUGGAUAAUAUUUUAAUAAAUACAUAAAAAAUGA